CGCCGCCAUCGAUCGGCCGGAACGGACGGCGGCCGAGGCAAAAUGGCUUCCCCGCCGGAGGGCGGUCGGCGGAUCCCGUGAUGCGGGUGGACGGUGACCUCCCGUCCGAAAACGUCGCGACGCGUCCCGAAAGGGUCCGGACCAGCGUCGACCAACGCCGGUAGCAUGGAGGGGGCCGUCUCCGACCCCUCCUCCAAGAACAGGUACAUGAAUCGCCGAGCGGUGGGGAACCAGGCCUACGUGCCGACCGAAGUGGAACACCUGGCUAACGUCGUCACCCACGGACUAUCCGUGCUUCCCAGCCUGCUGGGCCUGGUAUUCCUCCUUCAGCAGUCUAGCGGCAAGAGUCAGUAUCUGACCUGUCUGAUCUACGGCCUGUCCAUGGUCGCCCUCUUUUCUAUUUCCACUUUCUUCCACUCCGUCUUCUACUUGGGAAGAUUCAGAUUACUGAAAGAAGUUCUUCACAGAUGCGACAGGGCCAUCAUCUACGUCUUCAUCGCCGCCUCUUACACCCCGUGGUUGACUCUGAAAGAGAUGGGUCCCGAUUCGCCGGCUCGCCAUCUGCGCUGGUUGGUCUGGCUCUUGGCUCUCCUGGGAAUCGCCUAUCAACACUUCUUCCACGAAAGGUACAAGACGUUAGAAACGUGCUUCUACGCUGUCAUCGGCAUCGUUCCCGGUCUGGCCGUCUUCUCUAUGUGCGAGAGGUCGGGGGUGUUGGAACUUACCGCCGGUGGACUCCUGUACAUCGUCGGAGUGGUCUUCUUCAAGUCGGACGGUCGAAUACCCUGCGCCCACGCCAUCUGGCACCUGUUCGUCAACGUGGGAGCUCUGUGCCACUACUAUGCCAUCUGUAAAUAUCUACUCCGGCCGGAUCGGACCCACGUGAUCGACGUCUCUCGACCCCGGACCCCGCCGCCCGCCCGUUUCUAGCCCCUUUGUACUCUUUCCCGCUCCUCCCCCGUCACCCCGGGCGGGCUCCGCGGUGCCAGGCCAAGAGGGGCGGGCCGCCCGCCGUUUUCUUUCCCCGUUCUUGUCGGAUUCCGCCGUCCGGCCACGCGUAAACUACCGGUACUGGGCCGCGCGUCCGGGUCGGGCGGAAGUGACGUCGAAGGAAAAGUUCCGUCGGAAUAAGAAAUCUAUGUUUAAGUCCCGUUCCUUCCACCUAUUUGUACGGUGUUUUAGCGGCCGCCAGCCUUACCGGUAUAUAUAUUUAUACAUACACGUGUAUACACCGUACUUAGCCUAUAUACUAGAUGCGUGUAUAGACGGUACUUCCAAAUGUAGUUUACGGAUAUAUACGGUAUAUAUAAAUAUCCGCGUAAAUCUCUAUAUAUAUAUAUAUGUACAUAUAAAUAAUUACAUAUACCGUACGUAUAAGGUACUACGUAAUUAACGUUUUAAAGUGCGUGUGUGCGUAUAUAUAUAUAUAUAUAUACGGUAUAUGUAAACGUACCGGACGGAAAACGUAGGUGGCCGCGACAGAAUACGUAUAACGUUAUUUACGGGGAGGCGGGCCACCACGUCGGCAUCGCGGUGUUUUUCGAUAGAAGACGUAACACUGCCAACCACCGUGUGGUUUAUCGUUAUCCGGUCUACAAAUACCGUAUUUUUAAAGAUGUUUAUUAAACGUUCCCUUCUUAUAUUUGUACGCGUGAGUCUUCGUCUAAGUCUUCCGGCCGUCUUCCGCUUUUUCCGAACGACGCCGGAAUCCGUACCGUUGCAAUUUCGGCAGUCUGGCGAAAAGGCGGAGGAUGGAGCCGGUCCAGCUCCCCGUUAUUACGUGUUGUGACCAAAUCCAUUUAUACAAAUUGUAUUUUCCGGUAAAGAAUAAUAAAGUGCAGUUGGAGUUUUGUCCUAAUUCCCGACCUUAUUCGACUCCCCUAAUACACAAACCUCCCUGAAAAUUUCAGAAAUUUUCGACAAAAAACACGGGAGAUAUUUAGCAUCGAAGAAAUUGAACAAAAUC